AGUCAUUGUUACAAAUGAAAGUACCUCAUGCACCUGUCCUGGGAGUGAAAAUCUACUGGGAUCACCUAAAACAAAGAAAGGGUUGUCCCCACAGUGUAAUGGCAGUGACUGCGGUUACUCGUCGAGCAUGGAGGGCAGUGAGACUGGAUCGCGAGAAGGAUCCGACGUCGCUUGCACUGAGGGUAUCUGCAAUCACGACGAAACAGGCGACGACGCUUGUGUCCAUCACUGUGUGGAGGACAAAGAGGAGGACGGGGUGGACAGCUGUGUGGAAUGCUGGGCCAAUGCCUCCGAGGAGAACACGAAGGGCAAGAGCAAGAAAAAGAAGAAGAAAAACAAAGGUGCAAAAUGUGACGAGGAUAGCGAAGCUCCUGGAAACUGCAGCACAGACCUAAGCAGACGAGAGAAUUUGGGUAACACUUUGCACAAUGAGUUUCACCACGACAAAGCCAAAGAUAGCAGUAACUCGGUGAAAGGCAGCCAGCAGGCGGCGUGGGUCACACAGAUUCUGUCGGAGAAGCAUUUUUCACAGUCAUCACAAAUUCCACCACCGGGUCUGCCUGAUUGGGGACAAGGCACCAAAACCUUAAUGGAACUGCUUGAUGAAUCUGAAUGUACUUCUGAGGAAGAAGCCAUCACCCCGGAUGAAAUUCAGACAUUCAUGGCAAAUAACCAAUCUUUCUAUGUCAACCGAGAACAAUAUCGGCAGCUCCUCAAAGAGAAAUUUAAGAAGUACUGUCGCUCCAACGACUACAAGAGACACUUCUGCAAUGGCUGGCUGACGGUAGCUGGUGUGAACUAGCAAAGAAAGCUCAACCUUAGAAGCUACCCUUUUCUAUGAAAACACUCAGUGACCACUGCGCCUUUUCUCUCAAAUCUUAAAAAAGAAAUUUAGAUUUUUUUUGUUUCCUGUUGCAUAAUUUUAUCUCGAACAGUUGGUGUGGUGAUUAAUUUUUAUUUUUAUUUUCUUUCUACACUCUCCUGGACAGGGCAAGGCGGGGGGUUGGUGAGAGGGCGGUGGCAGCAGCCAGGUGGGGUGGUGGUGGGGGGCUUAUUUUGCUCUCGUCUGCUUUCUCGAGACUUGUGCAGUAUCCAGCCAGAUGUCUGCAAGAUGAGCUUACUUUAUACUUUUGAACAAUGCCUCCUCUCCUCUCUCCCACUCACUAAAUGUUUCUCCUCGCCGUGAGAAUUAAAACUAAAUGUCUAGUGACCGAGAGAAGCUUACCAAUAAAUGUGUACAGAGAAAAUUGAAACUUCUGAUUUAAGGUUUUACAAAAAUUACAUCCAUUUAAAAUGAUGUUUGGAUGUAACGUGUACAAGCGCAAAGUGCAGAAUUUACAAAUAAAGAAUAUUUAUUGAUAUGCAUA